AUGGAUCAACCUGUCGGAGACGGCGCAGAUGGCAGUCUCGGAAGUGUCGGGCGGUUCCACUCCACUUAUGGAAAGAAAGAAUCCGCUGACGGACCGCGUCAACAUGGAGCUGACGAUGUUGAAGAAUCUGACGACGUUGAAGGAUCUUCGGAAGGCGAAGAGGCCUCAAGAAACCUCCCGCUCUUGAUGCAAGCAGUGACUGUCGCUUUUCGAAGUGUCAGUCACUAGGAUCUGAUAGAGUAGGAGGGAGGCGCAUUCCGCCGAGCACUUUGUGAGUUUACGCUUUUUUUUUAAUGUAAUUGCCCUUUUGGACAAGAAAAUUUUUUCAAGUGAUUUUGUGUAAAAUGAAUGAUUUUAGGUGACCCGCCUGUCAACCCUCCUCCAAACAGCCGCCCUGGAACUCUCACGCUGGAGAGCCGGCGAAUCAUUGUCCGAAUUGGAAUGGAUCAACCUGUCGGAGACGGCGCAGAUGGCAGUCUCGGAAGUGUCGGGCGGUUCCACUCCACUUAUGGAAAGAAAGAAUCCGCUGACGGACCGCGUCAACAUGGAGCUGACGAUGUUGAAGAAUCUGACGACGUUGAAGGAUCUUCGGAAGGCGAAGAGGCCUCAAGAAACCUCCCGCUCUUGAUGCAAGCAGUGACUGUCGCUUUUUCGAAGUGUCAGUCACUAGGAUCUGAUAGAGUAGGAGGGAGGCGCAUUCCGCCGAGCACUUUGUGAGUUUGCAAGCAGAAUAAGAACCAUAACAAUUGAAUCUUUCAGACGUGCGCAUCCGAAAACAAAUCGGAAUCGUCAUCUCGGCGCUGGCCGAAGGAACCAAGUCGCACGUGCCGUACCGUGACUCGAAACUGACGCGCAUUCUUCAAGAGUCGCUCGGAGGAAACUCGCGGACUACGGUCAUAAUUUGCGCGUCGCCGUCGCACUUCAACGAGGCGGAGACCAAGUCGACGCUGCUUUUCGGACAGAGAGCCAAGACGAUCAAGAAUGUGGUGCAGGUGAACGAGGAGCUGACGGCCGAGGAGUGGAUGCGCCGAUACGAGAAGGAGCGCGAGAAGGUACGCUUUUUUUUUUAAUGUAAUUGCCCUUUUGGACAAGAAAAUUUUUUCAAGUGAUUUUGUGUAAAAUGAAUGAUUUUAGGUGACCCGCCUGUCAACCCUCCUCCAAACAGCCGCCCUGGAACUCUCACGCUGGAGAGCCGGCGAAUCAUUGUCCGAAUUGGAAUGGAUCAACCUGUCGGAGACGGCGCAGAUGGCAGUCUCGGAAGUGUCGGGUGGUUCCACUCCACUUAUGGAAAGAAAGAAGCCGCUGACGGACCGCGUCAACAUGGAGCUGACGAUGUUGAAGAAUCUGACGACGUUGAAGGAUCUUCGGAAGGCGAAGAGGCCUCAAGAAACCUCCCGCUCUUGA